CAUGUGUGUGUGCGAGUGUGACUUAAUUAAAUAAAUAUUCCGCUGAACGAGGCGUCGAUCGCGACUUCCGCGUGGAAGCAAGAAUUCCGGCGCCUGUGUUUCGUUUCGCCCUGUUGUGUCGCGUGAGCAUGCUUGCUAGUACUGAGGAAAUCACGGCCGAAACCGGCAACACCAAGCUGCUCAUCAAGCACAUCGACGUUAGCUCUCUGGCGUCGGUGCGGGCAUUCGCUAAGGACAUCCUCGCUACCGAGCCUGUGAUCGACGUCCUGAUACACAACGCCGGUGUAGCACAAGGCUACAACAAUAAGGUGACACCGGAUGGGCUCGAGUUCACGAUGGCAACCAACUACUACGGACCGUUCUUGCUGACCCAUCUGCUGAUAGAUCUGCUUAAGAAGUCCCAACAGGGCCGAAUCGUGAUCGUUUCGUCAAAGUUGUACCAGUUCGCGUCCCUCAACCCGGCCAACAUUAACAGCAUCAACCCGGUUAACUACUUCUCGCUGUUCCCGAUCCACCUGUACAACCUGUCCAAGUUCGCGGAGAUCAUGUUCACGCAGGAGCUGGCCCGGCGCCUGGAAGGCACGAAUGUUACUGCAAAUUGCCUACACCCGGGCGUCAUCGAUACCGGCAUCUGGCGCAACGUGCCAUUCCCGAUCAGCAUUCUGUUCAAGCCGAUUCAGAUGUGCUUCCGCACACCGGAAGAAGGUGCUCGCACCAGCAUCUUUCUGGCCGUGUCACCGGAUGUGGAGAAGAUCAGCGGCCAGUACUUCCGGGGUUGCAAGGUGCAUCAGCUGAACCGACGCGUCCAGCACGUGGCCCGACAGCAUGAGCUGUGGGAGGCAUCGAAGAAGUUGGUGAAGCUUUCCGCUGAGGAUCCACAGAUCUAAGCUACGCUCAGGAUGUCACCAGACGCCUCGAUCUGGACUUGGAUCCGAGUGUGUGAAAGUGCAGGGAGGAGCCCAUGACGUACGUACUAGAGUUAAGGAUUGUAAUAAACUAUGGUGUGCAUAUUGUGUGCC